AUGGCAAGCUCGCCGGAGCUGAACAGCGGCGACGAACCCCUCACUCUAUCAACCCUUUUUCCCAUCAAAAUCGUUCUCCCGGCCGUCGUCGUCCUCUCCGCCCUGUUCGUCAUCAUCCUAUUCGUCUACUUCCGCGUCAAGAAUCAAAUGGAUUCGCAUUCCUCCUCCCGCUCGGCGCUGGAUUCCGACGUCCUCAAGACGCUCCCCAUCACAGUCUUCAGCUCCGCCAACUCGGAUUGUGCCAUCUGCCUCGCGGAGCUCGCGGAGAACGAAUUGGGUCGUGUUCUUUGGGGAUGCAACCAUGCUUUUCAUCUGGACUGUAUUGACGAAUGGUUUCGAGUGAAUUCAAGCUGUCCCAUAUGCCGCAGCUCCGUUGUUCCGACGGUAAGCUUGGCUAUGGAAGCGGGGAAUAUGGGUGUAAAAAGGGAAACUUUGCCUCGGCCGGGGGCGGCGGCGGUGGAAAGCUCUGUUUUUUGGGGGAGAGCAGAGGAGAUGACGUUGCCGGCUUUGAUUGUUUGA